AUGCACCAGUUCCACACCAAUUACCCACCACCCCGUGUCCCCCAUAGCCCCACACAAAACCCUGUCCCCCACAGCACCCCAUAGCCCCCUGUCCCCCACAGCACCUCGCAGCCCCCUAACCCUGUCCCCCAUAGCACUUCGCAGCCCCCUGUCCCCCACAGCACUCCACAGAACCCCAUCCCCCACAGCACCCCAUAG